GUUGGUUCCUUGGUGAAAUUUUUAUAUCCGAAUUUAAAAAAUGAUUAAUUGUGAAUAAUUAUCUCUAUUAUUAUUUAUUCAUCAAGUUACGUUUGCCCCUAGCAUUGGGGCAUACUCAUGGGCCUCCCUUUUUUUUCCGUGUGGGAGACCCAUCCUUCGUCCUUUUGGUGUCACACGCACACAUACAGUGCCGCUUGGAAAUCCACAGCGAGUACAGCAGACUUAAUAUCUAAAGCAAUUUACAGUUAUGAAAAUAAGAGACACAUCCGCAAAACGACAAGCACAGUGCGGCACCGCACGGCACCAGCAACAGCAACGGCAACAGCAACAGCCACAGCAACAAAACCAACAGCAACAAGGAGCCGCGCAAAGGACGAAGGACGAGGGAGGGCAAGAAACUUCUGCUAACGAAAGAGAAACGGCCCAAGCCGAAGGACGCUCCACUGGCAGGGAUGGGCAACUGAGUGUGAUAAUGCGCUAAGUGCAGAGUGUAGAGUAUGUACGAGUAUACGAGAUCCACGCCAUCAAUGGACCAAUUAAAAUGAGUGCCCGACGCUCUGGUGUUGGUGGUGAGCAUCUUAAAACUAAUUAAAACGAAAAACGGCAUAACAAGCUGCUCAUUAAGCAUCCGAGUUCCCUUCGCCACCCCAAUCUGUGGUUAAUUAUAGAAGGGAGAAGACGAGCCUUGCUAACGAGCGGCGAAGUAAAGCCAGUCGAUAUACAUAUGUAUGUAUGUAUAGGAGCAGUAGCUAACACCCAACUUUCCAGCGUCGGAGUUCAUUAAGCAGCGCCCGGCGUCCAUUUAACGAUGUCACUUAUACGCCCCAUUGUCCCCUCGACCAAAAAGGAAACAGGAGUAAAAUCCCCAGAGCCGAGUGGCCUAUCCCCCCAUCCCACCAUCCACCCAUCGACCACCCAACCCGCCCCAUUGAAGGCCACUGCUGGGAUGCGUAUAAACCGCAAAUUGGAUGCGAUAUUAAAUCGUCUGUGCCAAAGCGCAUAUAAAUUUUUGUUCAAUUUUAAAGAAUUUUCCGAGAGCGAGCAAGCGCAGAAGAAAGAGAGGAAAAAGCCCGAGAAAAGAGAGAGUGAGAGAGCUACCAAUGCGGCUGUCCCCCUCGAACACAUUGAGUUUUACAUAGGAAGUGUCAAGGAGGAAAGCCACAAGGAUGAUUUUUUCGUUCUAAUCAUGAAAGAGAAAGAAUAAAUAAACCAACUAAUUAGCAACAUAAUUACGGCCACGAAAAUAUUCAAAAAUUCAAUUAAGCUGAAGAAAGCGCAAAGCAUUCAUGCAUAAAUGACUAAGAACAAACCAGGCAUGCCGAAAGCAAAGCAAAGCAAACUCAGCACACAACUGGCAAAAAUAUGAAAUAGGAAAAAAUAAAAUACAACAAAUAAAAGUAAGAACUGAGAGAAAUGUGCAAAAAGUUGAGAUCCAUUUCGAAAGCACCCAACCGCAUAAACAAACAAAUUUUGCGCUAAAUAAUUUGACAAUUACUCACAUCCUCGAGAGGCGAAGGCAGCAUGGAUGGCUGCCCAGCUGGCUAGCUGGCUAGCUGUAUGGCUCCAUGGCUGGCCUUUGUUUCCAUCGGGUGGCUAUUACAGUUGAGUGAAGAACUAUGUAAAACAGGACUCCUGAAUCCUCUCCUCUCCUUUCCUCUCGCGCUCGCAUCCUGCCGCUCUGUGGCUUAGACUUGCGACAGACCAUUACAUUUGCUAACGAGUGGAAGGCAAAUUAAAUCAUUAGAUGCUAGUAGAGAUUAGAGCCACGGCGGGGAGGAGCCAAUCCACUCAAAGAACCACUCAG